AAUCGUAAAUCACUCAUGAACAUAAGUAAUUCUAUUUUAUGUUCAUGAAAAAAAUUAUUAUACUUUGUAAAAUUCACUCGUAUUCUUAGGUACUAUACGUCAUGGUUCAAGCUAGAAAAAUUAUUGCCAUCAUCUGCGUAGUGCUCUUGUUCAUAAUAAUUGUUAUAACGAUGGGCAUAAUUUUAUUCAUAGAAUGGGUAGACUAUCGUUCUUACGAGGUGGCUCGAAAACAAUGUUACGAUUACGUACAGUUUGCCUGCGAUCACCCAGUUACCAAUAAUACUACAAAUAGUCCUUUAAGCCCGAUUAUGGGAGGCAAAGAUGCUCUAGAAGGAGCGUUUCCUCACAUGGCGUGUUUAGAGAUGGCAGAAGAAACCACAGCCAAUCGUUGUGGCGCGACAUUAAUCAGCGCAAAAUUUGUACUAACUGCGGCCCAUUGUGUAUCUCGUUACAACACGACUCGAGUCACUGUUAAAUUAGGAAGUGUGUACUGCGCUAGCGGGAAAAUUCAUGGCGUUAAGAAAAUGAUUAUUCAUAGGUCAUUCGACUCCAAGACUGCUGCAAACGAUAUCGCUCUAUUAGAACUAGACGUAAAAGUAGAUUUCUCACCAUACAUCAGACCAAUAUGUUUAAGCACAAUAAUCGACUAUGGUGUUAAAAAUCUCUUCGUAUCCGGAUGGGGCAGAGAUGAGAAUAAUAAGCUAUCGGAUCGUCUUCAAGUAGUGGAAACAUACGUUGACGAACGAGUUUUGGCAACAUGUGUAAAUCAAUUCGGAUUUGAAACUCAUCCUACGAAAAUUUGCGCUGCACAUCCUACUCAACGUAAAAGCGCCUGUCAAGGUGAUUCUGGAGGACCUCUGCAGAGUCUUAUGGAUGAUCAGUUGUGUCCAAAUGUUUACAAACAAAUUGGUAUUGUUUCUCACGAUGCUAAUGUAAACUGUACGGUGAAAGCAAAUCAGCCACAUGUCGUUGCCUACACCAAAGUGCGCCCUUACGUUCCUUGGAUCGUGAAAAACGUUUGGCCAGAGUUGUUACCAAAUACACUGGGGUUGCUGACUUGAAACGCAUGCUCAGCUCAUAGUUUAAA